AUGUGUACUCAGACUGACGUUUUCCGCCGUAAAUUUUAUGAUGCAAACUCACAGACAAAGGACUUUGAUUAUUUAUUUGCGUCAAAUAAGAAAGUCAUCAAAUUUGACAAAGAGUAUUUCAGGAAUAGUGAGGAUAAAGUACUGUUUUACACUGGUCUCCCAUCAUAUGAAAUUCUGAACUUUGUGUUUGAACUCGUGUCACCGUCUGUUUCUUGUCGCUUUCAUUCACUGAGUCCUUUCCAAGAAUUCGUUAUGGUCCUGAUUAAGUUGAGAUUAGAUGUACCUCUUCAAGACCUAGCUUGUCACUUCAAUAUCUCAGUUCCUACAGUAUCCAGGACAUUUCAUUCUUGGUUGAUGACUAUGGACAUAAGGUUAUCUCCAUUUGUCCACUGGCCUGAUCGUGAAAGUCUUAUAAGAACAAUGCCACAAUGCUUCAAGUUCAGCUUUGGCACAAAAACUACUGUAAUAAUUGACUGCUUUGAAAUUUUCAUUGAAAAACCCACUAAUUUACUUGCUAAAGCAUGA